AUGACAAAUGAUGAGCGGGCCAGUUGGAAGAUUACAAGCAGGUUAGAAAUGAAGCCACUGCUGAUAGCUGUAAAUGGUCUUGCUGGAGGUAUAGUUUCAGUCUUCUAUAUGGGGACUUUAGUUGGAUACUUCCUGGAUGGUUAUGUUAGUGAUCGGUAUGGACGAAUCAAGUCCCUUGGUUCUAGUGCUGUCUGGGGAAUAAUCGGCGCCGCGCUGCAGUGCACAGCGAUGAGCCCAUCUUGGAUGGUUGUGUCUCGUCUAAUCAACGGUAUCGGCACUGGAAUGCUGAAUGCAACCGUUCCGCCUCGCGGCGAGUGUAUUGCCAUGGAGUUCACAUUGAACAUAUUUGGUGUGGUGGUCGCUUACUUGUUGGGAUCCGGACUCAGCUACAUUGACAAUGCGCUCUAUGUGCUCAAGCGUCUUCGCGAGCUCAAGAACGAACAUGCAGCCAUGCUAGAGAUGAGGGAGAUUGACGCUAUUGUCGAGCUUGAAAAUGAACCAGGGGAGAACAUCACCUACUUCCACAUGAUUUUCGGCAUCAGCAGGGAAAAUUUGCACAUUGCACGGCGGGUCCAGUUGGUCAUCUGGCUGCAGAUUCUACAAAGUUGGUCAGGGAUUGCCGGCGCUACGAUGUACGCACCAACAAUCUUCAAAAUUGCCGGUUUUGAUUCCCACAAGACAAUGUGGGUCUCUGGACUCAACAACAUUUUUUACGCCUUUGCAACCCUUCUUUGUGUCUUUACCCUUGAUCGCAUCGGCCGCCGCUGGAUACUCUGGUGGGAAGUCGCAGGGCAAGCAAUUGCAAUGUUUCUCGCGGGAGGUCUUGCUCGUGGUGGACUGGUCCAUCCAAACAAAAUGGGAUCGUGGAAUAUUGGAGCAACUUCUAUGCUCACCGUUCCAUGGCUUUACUUAGCGGAGAUCUUCUCGCUCAAAGUUCGAGUAAAAAGAAAUGCAUGUGGUGUGGUUGGCUGGAGUUUGGGCAAUGGAUCGCUUACCCUAGCCCUUCCGUAUAUCUUCGGUGCCAUUGGUGAGAAUACCCUGCAUAUGUUCGGGGCUGUCAACCUCAUUAGUAUUCCAAUUACGUACACUCGAGGAAAUGGAUCUUAUUUUGCUACCAAUUCGCCCUGGGUCUGGGCAGCUGAGGCAAACUUUCAGACAUUCAGGAUAGGGAAUCCAAACAUCGGUGCUGCUCGUCGGCCUGCUAACAGCGUCACCGAAGUCGAGAAGGGUUUGGAUGUUGACACUGAGCACGAAGGGACGGUUCCUUACCAUUGGGUUUUGAUUUCUGGAAUUGAGAAUUAUUUUUUUGGUAUGCUCAGAAACUGGUAA